CUUGUCGAAUUGAGACACAAUAUUGCCUAAAGUUUUAAUAGGUUUUCGUCAGUAAAUAGAAGUGAUUUUAGGCAACUAUGAGAGUUUACCCUAUAAAGUUUAAUUGAACCACAAAAGUGAAGUUCAAAGGUCUACCUCCGAUUAGACAAAGUUCUCUAGAAUUGUUUGCAAACAACAAACCUCUCUCCGGUCUAGUGUGAAUUGGUUGAGGUGUUAAAUAACUUUUAAAAUAAUUGAAGUUUGUUUUAUUUAUUCAACACAAAAGGGCACAAAUGUGGCAGUUAGAUUGUCAAAUUAGACAAAAGAAGUCCUUAUCUAAAUAAAAAGGAAAUACCACCUGAGUAUAAUUCCACGGCAGUUGAAAUAUUCUGCCACUUUUCGUCUGUACCUAUCUUAACUACCAAUCAAAUGAUAACUUUGCAUAGUUUGUUCAAGAUUUUAAGUCAUUAUCACUAAUUGUUAAACAGACGUGUGCCUAACUGUAAAAAAACACUAUACGCUUAUUUCGGUCACCCCCAUCUAAUCAUGCCGAAAAAACUCAAAAUCUUCUGCCCAGCUUUGGAAGAAGAGGCUCUAAAGCAGUUCAACGAUUGUUGCAGCAAAGACUUCGUCAUACAAGCAGCAUUGAUGCCUGAUGCUCAUACAGGCUAUGUAGCUCCAAUAGGUGCUGUCAUUAAAACGAAAAGAGCCGUUGUACCAGCUUGGGUCGGCUAUGAUAUUGGGUGCGGUAUGAUUGCUGUUCUAAUAUCAGAUAAAAAAGCUGAGCAAAUAUUAGUACAAGAAAAAGCCCGUCAACUAUUCAAUCAAGUCAACAGGGAUAUACCAAUGGGGGCGGGUCGUUACGUUGCGCAGGGCAGACCAAAUUUUAUGGUCGAUGAAUUGAAAAGAGAACUUCAGAAGUUAAAGGAAUCUACAACCUUGGACAAGUUAUGGGAGACAGUUAGAGAUAAAUCAAAUCCAAAUUUGGGAACUUUAGGCUCUGGUAAUCAUUUCAUUGAAAUCUUGACUUGCGGUGAUGAAACUUGGCUAGUAAUUCAUAGCGGCUCAAGAGGUGUUGGACACUAUCUUGCAACUUACUUUAUGAAAGCUGUUUCUGGCAGGAAUAAGGGGUACGAGGCAACGUAUGCUAUCGAAAAUCCAGACCAGCAAGAUGAAUAUAUGCUUUAUCAAAAAUAUUGCCUAGAGUUUGCCUUGCUUAACAGGCUCUCAAUGGCCAUGAAAGUUGAGAAAGCAAUCAAAGCUAUUACAGGAAUCCAGUACGAUACAAUGAAAAAUUUGUGGACAAAUAAAAACCAUAAUCAUUGCAUUGCAUUAGGUAAUGAUUUAUACCUGCAUAGGAAAGGAGCUACCUCUUCUGAUAAGGGUGAGCGAGGUGUGAUACCUGGUAAUAUGAGGGAUGGUUGUUAUCUUGUGGAGGGGUUGGGUAAUGAUGAUUUUUUAUGCAGCUCCUCUCAUGGAGCUGGAAGGCAGAUGUCACGUACUCAGGCACGAAAAAAUGUCAAAUUGGAAAAGUUUCAAGAAGCCAUGGAGGGAAUUGUGGCUCCGAUAUGUCAGAAAACUAUUGACGAAAGCCCAUUUGCCUAUAAGGACGUCUCGGAGGUUAUGAAGUUACAAAAAGAUAGUGUGAAAGUAAUCAAGCGCUUAAAACCUAUCAUUAAUUGGAAAGGUUUUUAACAUACUAUUUGCAAGAUUUAAAACCAGUUUUUAUUAUAGAUUUUUACAUUGUGCAAACUCCGUAUUUGUAUUGUGAUGAUUCUUUGUUUUUGGAAAAAGCUCGGUCAGGGUCAGUUUCAAUCUUUUUUAAAAUAUAAGUAUUUGUGACGAGUGCGACUGAA